AGGUUAAAUGGGCCUUAUGUCAAAGUGAAAACAAAGAAACUAUUUGUUAAUCCAGCAAAAUAAGAAGUAAAAAAUCUUGCAAAGAUGUUGAACAUGACCCGCAACACCCAUAAGAGGUGUUUUCCAUACAGACCACACGAUUAUAUGUACGAUCCAAUAUUUACUGUUUCUGGACCAGUUGAUCACUACAAAGCUGCUAUCGUCGCGAAAAUGUCCUCAGUCAAAUUUCAAAUAUGUCCAAUUUUUCCCAACAUGUUUUCGGACUUGCCCAACCAUCCCAGGGUUCAGUUGGUGCAGCGUCGUCAGAAACAAGUCCAAUCCUACAGGGAAAGGGAGGAAGCAUCCCGAAAAUCCGAUGCGGCAGUCAGGAAAAGCGUGGAUGUUCGCGGGGUGGACAGGGCAAAGUUUUUCUGCCCUAUAAUCAACUUGCCCCCCGAGAACUUUAAGGAUGUAAGUGACACUAUGCCUCAUUUUACCAUAGAGCCAGUUAUAAGGCGGUUUGAGAGUGCCAGACGAUCGGAGAAAAAUUUGGAAGGUGAAGUGAUAAUCACGAAGGACAUGGAAGUCCAAACGAUGUAUAGGGAAUCAGAAGCUCAAACUCAGCCGUGGGAACCGCCCUAUAAAGUUAUAGGAGAGGGCGAUCCGGAAAUUUUGAAAUUGGAUUUCUUAAAAUGGGGAAGCGGACUGCCCAGUGGUAUGCACGAAAUUUGGUUAAUAGAGAGAGCAAGAAUGAAAAGAGCAUGGGAGAAGACGGUCCAACCAGGCAUAAACGACGAAAAUUCUUUGCAAAAAUUUAGAGACUACAUAGAGGCACUGGAAAGGGACGAGUGGGCUUUCAGAGAAAAGGAAAUCAAAGAAAUUCAAGAACUUCGGUUGCACCUGUUGGAGGAAAUGCUUGCCGAAAUUCAUGAAAAAUCGCACUCCAGAAACGAUGAGAAGUUGAUGAAAAUUAUCGAGCGCAAACAAAAGGAAAAAGAAGAAAAACUUAGAAAAAUUAGACAUAAAGCCGCUAGAGAAUUGCGCAAAUUAGAACUAGAAGAAAAAGGAGUAAGCCGAAGGUACAAGUCUUGCGACAUUAUCGAGGAGCACGCUUCCAAAAAAUCAGAACUGUACGGCCCGAUGAUACGACACGGCGAGCACCCGAAACGUUGGCAUUUCGUCAUCGACGAAAAACUAAAGAAAUACAAGGAACAAUUUAUUGGAGUGGAACAUUUCAGCACCUUACCCAGAUGGUUACAUCAAGCCACAGAUCUAAAAGGCCUAGAAAGAUCCACACCUCAAUCCAAAGUACCUCAGCUCUGUAUUAGGGAAACGAAAUGGACUGCCCCUGUGCUUAAGCAACUUCACGAAGAACUACAAAAUUUGCGUAAAGAAACACAAAGGGAGCCUUGUUAUUUGAGGAUAAGGAACCAGAAGCCGGUGCAGGAAGUACCCACUCCCGAGGUGGAGGGAGUCGAUGUGGUUCAAGAAGACCAGUACCAAGCCAUAGUGUUUUUGCAGAGUCUCAUCAAAGGCAGAGCCAUACAAAUGAUGGUAUACGAAGGUAGGGAUACUUGCAAGGAACUCAUUCUCGAACUGAAGAACUCCAUAGGCCUUUUGAAGAAAGACAAAGAGCUACGAUCGAAAGAUAAAGUAAAAGUUCGGGCUCAACAAAGAGAAGAAACAAUUCAAAGUGUGAUGGUGUCUCGCUUGCAAGGGACCUUAGGAAAACUUCAAGGACAGGUCGUAGGCUCACUUCUGGAUUUCCUCAACAAGGAAUUGAGGAGGCUGUUGGAGGAAAGAAAGGCACACGCGAUGUGCUGGAUCAACGAGAGGGAGCGCAAUAUACGGGAGGCAGCGGAAGCUGGUAGAAGACAGAAGGAAAUUAGGAGAAGAAAGGAACACGAUGAGAUAUUCAGACAAUUAGUGAAAGUCACCCAGGAAUCGGUGGAUUUAUACUUGCAAGAUAUCAUCACAGAAGGAAUCGAAUUUGCUUCUACCGAAGAAGCGAAAGAUUAUGUCUUAAAUCUAGCGGAGAAGGUAGAAAAGGAAGUUAACAUGAUUGAUAAGAUAUAUGCCAUGAAAGGAGUGGGCGCGCAGGAAGAACUGAUUUCGGAUUUGGUCCAUCAUUUUGUUUUGCCAGAAGUUGAAAAGCAGACGAUCAGAAAGAAUAUGGCUGAUAAGCAGAGACAAAACUUGAAAUCCAUACACGAGGCUGUAUAUUCUCAAUUUGAAGGUUUGCCUAAAGUGGGAAAGGAUACCUCAUUCAGCGUCAAUUCAUCUUUACCAACAGUGGAUGGUGUUCGCUACAGUAUUAGUAUGGGCUAUGCUGACUCUAUACCACAUGGAACAGUUGACUCAUCUUUGAAACCAAAUGCAUCAGUAGAACAUCAAAACAUUGUAUCUGACGAACAAGAGCACAUUGAUCCUGAUAUGAUAGAGAAAUAUCUGAACAUGUUAGCUGCUCAAGACCAAACUCAGGACGAGACACAGAUUCAAGAAAUAUAUAUGAACUAUCCAGGUUAUACUCGUUAUAAUACUUUUCAAAAUGACUUGGAUACCAUACCAGAAACUGAGCAUGAAACUUCUACAAAUAUUACAUCAACUGAUUCUACCAGCGAGACUCCACUAUAUCCAUCUGGUGUUGAAGAGUAGUACUUUAUUUAAUUAACUAAUUAAAAAUACAAUAUAAUAAAAUAAAA